AUGGAAAAACGUCUUAAAGGAAACAGAGCAAUGAAAAAAUGCGAUUAUAAAACUGCACGCGAAGAAUACACUGAAGGUCUCUUAGAAACACCCGAAGAUCCAGCAUUAUGGUGUAAUCGUUCAUUGGCAUUUUUAAAGGAAGGGUAUCCUGAACUAGCACUAAUGGAUGCGUCGCGAGCUAUUUUACUACUUGAAAAGAAAAUGAACGAAACGAUCACGGUGCUGACGGGUAAUAGCUAUAAAUCUCGAGCCAAUGAAACCAUUAAUGAAGCAAAAUCAAGUGGAAAAGGAGAGUUUAAAAUUAUAUCAUUUCUAAAAGAUUCGGACAAUACUCAAAAAUUGGUUGAGAUUGGUAAAGAAAAAUUAUCGUGCAUUUUGUCGCAGAAUAAAAAUUGUAAAGACAAUGAUGAUUCCGAAAAAUUUGUGCGGAUGUUGUUUAAAGUUUUUUAUCGACAAGCUGUCGCGUUUUCGAAAUUGGAGAUAUGGCAUAAAUCGAUAGAAUCAUGCAAAACUUUUUUAAAUAUGCAAAAACAUAUCGAAAAAGAUUCAAUCGAGAUCAGUAAUACUGAUUGUCUUCAAUUACUUAGUCAUUGUGAAAAAAAGCAUGCAGCAUUUACCAAGGAGGAUCCGGAAUACUUCAAGUUUUAUCAAUAUUAUGGUGUGAUGAAUUAUAAGAUGGGAUAUCCAUGGGACUGUACUCAAAUAAAUCGUGAUUCGGAAGAACUAUUCGAGGAUUUAAAAAUGCAGCUUGAAGUUCUUUCGGAUACGAAACUUUCUUUGACUCAAGUGGAAUUUGAUAAAUCAUCUAAUUCAUCUUCAAUGAAAAUUCAGUAUGGCGUUGAAGCAUUACGAGAUAUUUCCGCGAAAAGUAUUUUAAUGGAAGAAACACCUUUUCUGAACGUUCAUAAUCGAUUUAUCUCUCGCUGUGAUUAUUGUAAUUUGCUAUUGAUAGACCCGAAAGACAACACCAUAGAAUUUUAUGAAUGUCCUGAAACUGGAUGCAAAGAAGUCUAUUGUGAUAGUGAGUGCUGGCAAUUGGCAUCUAAUGAAUUUCACAAACCAUUAUGCGGAAAAGAUAUAACACCCAUACUAGAAAUAACCCAAAGUGGCGAGGCCACAGGUUCAUUAAAUUUUUUAUUCUUUUUGAAAAUAUUCGCCAUUGCUAAAAUUCGCGGGAUAUGUCCAUUGGAUAUCGAUGAACUGAAGCAUUUAGUGCGUUACAGACCUAUUCAUGGUAAAAUAUUGUAUCAGCAUAUCUGGUCUUCUAUGUACAUGUGCACACUCGAGAUCCUGGGAAUCUCUCCAUUUGAUGUAAGAUUCGAUUUUUGGGUGUACCUUGAAUGCAUUCAUAUGAUACGUUGUAAUGUAUUUGCGGCAACAGAUGACCAAGGCCGCCCCGAUUGUGCAUCGUGUUAUUCCCUCAUAUCUCUCGUUAAUCAUGAUUGUAAUCCGAAUGCUUUUAUGAUUGAUCAUGAAUUGACAGCCGCUCGUGAAAUCAAGAAAGGAGAACCAGUGACCAUUUCUUAUAUUGGCGAUGACGAUAACUACGACAAUUGCUCUCGACAAUCUCAUUUUGCUGAUGUGUUUGGGUUUAUAUGCAAGUGUAAUCGAUGUGAACAACAUGUGACGGUAGAUGAAUGA